AUGUCUUAUCAUGAGGAUCGGCGAGAAAGUAGUCAUGAAAAACGCGGCGGUUGGGGAAGUGGAGGGGGAAGCGGUGAUAAAUGGGCCUCAAGGCUAUAUGUUGGUCGUCUUUCAAGAAAUGUAUCAGAAAGUGAUAUAGACGACGCUUUUGGAAAAUAUGGACGAAUUCGUGAGGUUGACCAGGAAGUACCUGGCGCGGAUCGCCCCGAGACAGCCGAAAUUCAAAUUAUGGUGGUGGCAGAGGAGGAGGGAGUCGAUUCGAUAGUAGGCCGCCUGAAAGAUGUUUUAAUUGUGGUCACGUCGGGCAUUGGGCUAGGGACUGGUUAG